CUUAGGCAGAAGUGAGCCCUGUGGUUCUGCCCAAGACGAGCCUAUUGGCUUUAAAGGAGAGAAAACAAAACAAAACGAAAAAAAAUCAGGCAGAGUUCCAGCCUUAAAACCUACCUAGAAGAAGCUGAGUGGAGAAGUGUGAAGAGAUGAAUGGACCCGUGGAUGGCUUGUGCGACCAUUCUCUAAGCGAAGAAGGAGCCUUCAUGUUCACAUCAGAAUCUGUGGGAGAGGGGCACCCGGACAAGAUCUGUGACCAGAUCAGCGAUGCAGUGCUGGACGCCCAUCUCAAGCAGGACCCCAAUGCCAAGGUGGCCUGUGAGACGGUGUGUAAGACGGGCAUGGUGCUGCUGUGCGGUGAGAUCACGUCCAUGGCCAUGGUGGACUACCAGCGGGUGGUCAGAGACACCAUCAAGCACAUUGGCUACGACGAUUCUGCCAAGGGCUUUGACUUCAAGACCUGCAAUGUGCUGGUGGCUCUGGAGCAGCAGUCCCCGGAUAUCGCCCAGUUCCAUCUGGACAGAAAUGAAGAAGAUGUUGGUGCCGGUGAUCAGGGCCUGAUGUUCGGCUAUGCCACGGAUGAGACGGAGGAAUGCAUGCCCCUCACCAUCAUCCUGGCGCACAGACUCAAUGCCCGCAUGGCGGCCCUGCGGCGUUCGGGGCUGCUGCCCUGGCUGCCCGACUCCAAGACGCAGGUGACAGUGCAGUACACACAGGACAAUGGCGCCGUCAUCCCCGUGCGCAUCCACACCAUCGUCAUCUCCGUGCAGCACAACGAAGACAUCACUCUGGAAGACAUGCGCAAGGCCCUGAAGGAGCAGGUGAUCAAGGCCGUGGUUCCGGCCCAGUACCUGGAUGAGGACACCAUCUACCACCUGCAGCCCAGUGGGCGCUUUGUCAUCGGAGGCCCGCAGGGGGAUGCGGGCGUCACUGGCCGCAAGAUCAUCGUGGACACCUACGGCGGCUGGGGGGCACACGGUGGGGGCGCCUUCUCCGGGAAGGACUAUACCAAGGUGGACCGCUCGGCGGCGUAUGCUGCCCGCUGGGUGGCCAAGUCCCUGGUGAAAGCGGGGCUCUGCCGGAGAGUGCUCGUGCAGGUGUCCUAUGCCAUUGGCGUGGCCGAGCCACUGUCCAUUUCCAUCUUCACCUACGGAACCUCCCAGAAGUCAGAGAGGGAACUGCUGGAUGUGGUCAACAAGAACUUCGACCUGCGGCCUGGCGUCAUCGUCAGAGAUUUGGAUUUGAAGAAGCCCAUCUACCAGAAGACAGCGUGCUACGGCCAUUUCGGAAGAAGCGAGUUCCCAUGGGAAGUUCCCAAAAAGCUUGUGUUUUAGGACUGCUGGGAGCCAGGCCUGGUUGCACCCUGGAGACAUCUGGGUAGAACGGAGCCGGGUUCCUCUUCUCUAGGACCCCAGCUCAGAGCUCCCAGACCCCAGGGAGGGCCUCCCCCACCCACUGCCCCUUCCCAGGCAAAGCCAGGCCCCCCUGGCUUAGCAGGAGGUGGGGGCCUCCUGGUGCUGGGGCUCAGAUCUCCACGAGCAGAGAGUCGCCGUGUUCCCCUGCCUCUCCCUAGACCAAGGCGAUGUGAACCACCCCUGUUGAGAGUAAGUCCCCCCACCCUGCCCCCCGCAGCCUGAACCCUGACCAGCUCCUCCCUCCGGGGCAAGUGCACACGGGGGACGGGUAAUGCAUCUCACAGAUCCUGGGGCUCCAUGUGGGCCUGGGUGUGCUGGGCCUUCCCUUCACAUCUGCGGCCAUGUGGUCAGGGUCCUGAGCCUGGGCCUUCACAGAGGGCCUGCCAGGCCGGGCUUACGGCAGGGAUGAGAGCGCCUACAGUGCAUGAGGGACGGAGCUAGUGACUUACCUCAUUUCUUCUUCACUGCAACACGAUGGGGCAACACUUGUGUUAUCUGCCUUUACAGAUGGGAAAGCUGAGGCCCAGACCACCCAGGUAACCUUCACAAGGUCAUAUGGCCGCGUAUGGGUUCAGGGCCUAGAUGAAUCUUGGGAUCCUGUGUGCUGCAUCCCCCACCCCCAUCCGCCUCCCAAUCUCAUACCAGAAACAGGUCUGAGCAACAACAGAGCAGAUGGAGAUGAGGCUGUGACCUCUGUCCUGAAGACCUAAGGUUGCUUGAUGAGCCCUGGGCAGAGGCAGGAUAGAACCAAAGGGGUGUUUUGUUGCCCUCAUUGAUUUUGGAAGACAGUUCAGGGUGUGCUGGCUGUCCUGGCCCAUGGGGCUGGCCUAGAGUUUGAAAUUCAGAGGCCACCAUGUGAUCCUAGCCCCUGACCACUCAGGGACAUGUGGGCUGGGCCUGUGGACCUCUGGGGUAAGGGUCCAAGUCCAGUCCUGUCCCAUCAGGCUUCUUAGAGCAGGAGCCGCAGCUUGUCCCUUAAAUAAGGGAUGGAACUCCGUGUCCUUCAAGUCUUUGUCUCUCUCUCUGGCCCUUUUGUAAGCCCUGCAUUCUGAGUGCAGUUGGAGUAAGUGGGUGAGCCCCUCCAGAAAGGCCAGUCCUAAGGUUCAGAGAGCGACUGUUAAAUGGUGACUCGAGGGGCAGGCCUGACUCCUAGUGGUGGGACCAUUCAGCCAAGAUGUCAUGAGGAAGCUUCUGCCUUUGCCAGGCAGCUUCUGGAAACAGACCUAUCCCUGAGGCCAGGGCAGUCCUCAGCACACCCGUGUCUUGGAAGCUGCACCUUCUCUCUCCUCUCCAUCUGUGGUUGGCACCACCUGCCCUCCCUUCCACCUCCUCAGCCUAGACAGCUGCACCUCUGCCUUUUCCCCAGCUCCCCAGUGACAGGUUCAGGUGGAGAGCACUGGAGUCUGGGCUUCUUUCUGGGACACGUGGUGCUGGAUCUGCUGGCACAGGCGGCCUGGGAAGCCCGUCUGGGCAGCAGAGAGCCUGCAACUGGGCUUUAGGCCCAAAGCACAGAGACCCUUGGCUUUCUCUUCCCAUCAGGGGAAAGGCAGUGGUACAGGGAAGAAAAAGAAGCCCACAUUUCCUUAUAAACCUAGAGAUGGUGUGUGAUACCAAACCUCUGGUCUCUCACAGGGCUCCCUGUCACCCAGGUUUGCAGGUGGCUGAGUUCCUCUAACCUGGGCCAUAUUUGAAAUGAAAAUUCAGAAUUUUAUACUUUUCCCCACCACCUAGAGAAACAAGGUUUUUUGGGUCAACACUGUUUAUAUGAAACUAGGGUCUUUAUUUGUUAAUAGUUCCUGCUAAGCCAGUGAAUAAAAACUCAAGGAGCAA